CGAAGCUGGGACAGCAGGAGGAAGGUGGAUGGUGAUUAAUGCAGAGACCCAUAACUGGUCAAGGUGCAGAGAAUAAGAGAUCACAGAAAGCUCAACCCUAAAGUGAACAUAUAUACUUCAUCCCCACAACUUCCAAGGUCCAGGGACCAUUGCAAGAAAGAGAAAAUUUCAGCUUUAAGUAAGGAACAAAGCUGCAGUUGUAGCCGGCUCUUUCUUUUCCCUGUUGGGUCAGUUCUAAAGUGCUCGAUCUAUUGACACUAAGCAAGAUGAACGACUCCGAAGCAAGAACUGAUCUCAAACACCUAAAGGUCCCGGGGGAUUUCCCAGGUCAUUUCCUUGCUGGAACACUUUUCCUUAUCAUGGCUCUUUGGUGGAGUACAAAGAGUAUUCUGAAGCAUGUUUGUAAACAGCAAAAGAGGUCUUCCUCCCUUAUUACCAAAGAAUUCUUCUUUCGAGCAGAACUUGUGGAGGGAAUUGUGAUUAUUGGCAUGGCAUCAAUAGGAAUAAUUGGUCUAUACAUUGCACUUUCGAAGAUACAUCAGUUCUCAGAUAAAGAAUCCAAGUUGACCCUAAUUCUGCACUGGCAUCAUCUUUCCAUGUAUGUCUUCUUUGCAAUACUAGGUGGGACCAAGAUCUUAUGUUUCAUCAUUAGUUCACUUCCAGUCUCUUUGGUCAAGUUAACAUUAUCAAGUGCCUUCUUUGUGGAAGCUUUCAUUUUCUACAAUCACACACAUGGCCGGUCAUUGGUGGACACCUUUGGUCACCAACUGUUGAGCUUUGCUGUAUUUUUGGCGGGUCUGGUUGCCUUCAUAGAAUUCCUCACAAAGGACAAUGUAGUUCUGGAGCUCCUGAGGUCAAGCCUCACCAUGCUACAGGGGAUGUGGUUCUAUCAGAUGGCUUUUGUCCUGUAUCCCAAAAACAGAGAUCAUGCAUGGGACCUGUCUGAUCAUAGCAACAUUAUGUUUCUCACCAUAUGCUUUUGCUUGUAUUAUGCAUUGACCUAUGCCAUCAUUGGAAUUAAUUAUGCUCUUAUUACAUGGUUGGUUAAGUGGAGACUUAGCAAGCUCUGCACCUCAGAAACUCAACUUCUGAAAAAUCAUGAACAGCAAGAAGAAUCAGAAGACGAAAUGUGAUUUUUUUGACUGGCAUCUAGUCUCUCUAAAUAAACCUUCUUUUUUUUUUUGCAUUAUCUUUGUUCAUGGUUUUGUUUAGUGAAUGGUAUGGAAAGAAGCCAUGACCACAAGCCUGUAAUUUUGCAAGUGCAGAGCCAAAUUACCAUGGACCAUCUCCUGUCAAUUUAUAGCGGAUUAUUACCUAACUCUGUAUGUGACCUAACAUCUCUGUGAUUAUAAGUAAAUCCUUGGGAAUGUACAGACAGAACCUUAGUCUAUACCCAGUAGAAAUCUAUGAAUAUAGAUAAGAAAGCAUCAGAGGACUGGAGUUGAGGUUUCCCCCCUUUUCUGUAACCUGCCUACCUGAUGUUUCCACUAAUGUCUUUGAAAAGUGUUUUGAAUAUCAUUUUCUUUGCUCUGUUAUCAUAAAAGGUUAUGAAAUUGUUACCAUGUUGGAACAUGGAAUUCAGGGUAACUCAUGUCUGUGUUCUUGGACUAUGGUCACUCACAUCUGACUCUAUAUGAAAUUAUUUUUUAAUCCCCUUGGAGAUGACAAUAGUUUCUAGUGUUGACAGUUUCUUAACUUUUUUUCUGAAGAAUACCUGGCUGAGGAUGACUCUGUAGCAGUGUUCUAAUUUUGUUAAGGCAUUUGCAUUUACAUGUUUUAUUCUUAGCUUGUAACAUCAUUUGGGAUAAGUUCAUUUUAUAUAUCAUGUAAAGUGAUUUUUCUAUGCUAUAUGCCCACACUAUGACAAAUAUUUGUUUAAUUUAUCUGAUACAUAUGUAUAUGGUUUGUGAUAUUGCUGCUAUUGAAAUCUACUAAAUAUUAGAUUAUAUUUAACGACAAAUAAGUGAAUGCAUGCUCCAUGAUGCAGAAGACUGAAGAGGAAACUGCAGAAAUUCCUUUUUGUGCCCAAUUGCUUCAGUUCUCUGAGAGGAAAAAGAUGGCCAGAAGUUAUCCUGAACUUUCCAAAGGAUAAAAGGGAUGUUCUCAGGGUACAGUUACAAAGCCAUAAAACUGGGAAAGGAGAAUUGUGGUAGUAUCUGUAAGAAGAGAACGCUACAUUGAAAGCCACCAAAGUCACCCUGUUAAAGCAGGUGAAGGAGUAACACAGGAAACCCCUAUCUUGUAACACUAGACUCUCUGUACCCCGAUUCUAUGUCUUUGCAAGUCGGAGUUGUAAUGUAAUAAGUAAACUGUCACCUACAGUAA